UCCUCACACUGCACGGUCAUUGGAAGCGGCAGGGAGCCACGUGAUUGGCAUACAAUUUAACCCGGGCUGUACACUGUGUCCGGGGCCCCCCCGCUGGCAGCCACAUCCCAGCACCUAGCAGCACUCUGUGGGCAGCUCUCACCAGAUAAAAGCACCAUUGGCACUUGGUCAUCUCUUGUUUUCUAAAGUUAUGACAAGUUUCUACAAAAUGGCACGGACAGCUUCUGGUAUUCUUCAUUAAGGUGCCAGGUGUGUACAAGACAGAAGUGAAGAUCAUCUUUAGAGCAACCCACCCAGAAGCAAUUGAUCUGCAUAUACACACUGCAUUCUGUUGCCCAAAAAUGAGUGACUGCUUCUCUCUUUCUGACUGUGAUGUUAUUGGCUUUGAUCUAGACCAUACUCUUUGCCAAUACCGGCUGCAAGACUCGAACAAGCUGAUUUAUGACAGUUUUGCUCAGUACUUUGUUACGGAAAAAGGUUACAGUGAAGAAUUGCUAUCAGUGACACCUGAAGAAUGGGAUUUCUGCUCCAAAGGUUUAGUUCUGGAUCUGGAACAAGGAAAUUUUUUAAAACUUGGAGCAGAUGGAACGAUUCUCAGGGCAUGCCAUGGCACAAAACCCAUGUCUGGUGAACAGAUUGAAGCAGUUUAUGGGGAGAAGAGGGAGUGGAAACAUUUUAAAUCAAUAAAUGGAACUUAUGUUCGUUCAGCUAAAUACUACUUUUAUGACAACUAUUUUGACCUGCCUGGAGCUCUCCUAUGUGCCAAAAUAGUUGAUUCCUUACAAAUGACUGAUGGGCAGAAUAAAUAUGAUUUCUGGAAGGAUAUGGUUUCAGCAGUAGAACACAACUACAAAACCUCAGCAUUUAAAGAAAAUUGUGGAACAUAUUUUCCAGCUGUGAAAAACGAUCCAAACAAAUAUUUAAAACCUUGCCCAGAAUCUGUAAAAAACUGGAUCAGAAGUUUGAAAAAUGCAGGAAAAGUCCUUUUAAUAAUUACAAGUUCACACAGUGACUACUGCCGACUGUUGUGCGAACACAUCCUCGGGAAGGAUUUUGAGGAACUGUUUGAUAUAAUUAUAACAAAUGCCUUGAAGCCUGGGUUUUUCUCUCUAACUCCGCAACAGAGACCAUUUUGGACUCUUGAAAAUGAUGUGGAAAUAGAUGUAUUGCCAUCAUUGGAGAAACCAGGCUGGUACUCCCAGGGCAACUGGAGACAACUAUAUAACCUCUUAACUAGAAUAACCAGAAAGCCAGAACUCAAGGUCGUGUACUUUGGGGACAGUAUGCGAUCAGAUAUUUUCUCCGCUCGUCUCUACAGCAAUUGGGAGACUGUACUCAUACUGGAGGAAUUAGAAGGAGAUGAGGUCCAUGAACCAGACAUGACUGAUUUGGGAUCCUCAUUAACGAAGAAAGGAAAGUAUGAUAGCCUUCAGCCUCCGGAGCCAUAUUUUGUAUCAAAAAAGUGGGGGUCAUAUUUUGCUGACACGAUCACAGAUGGGAAGAGUGCACAGGAAACACCGUAUAUUACAUGGUGCUGUGCUAGUAUAAGGAAUUACAGCACAAUGACAAUCCCAAGCAUUAAGGCAAUCGUAGAUUUGUCUCUGGACUAUAAGUUUACCAGGUUCUCAAGCAAUAACUCAGACACUGACGGUUACUACCCACAUCCACCCAAGAUCUUGCUACCUCAGAACAAAGAAGGAGCUGCUGCAUAAUGCCCAUAAUGUUUUCUUACAAAUUUAAUGGCUGUAACUGUUAUAAACUUUUAUGGAAGGGGAGAGCAAAACAAAAUGUCAUAAGAUUUCUUUUACUUAAAAAUAUUAGUGGUCUAAGUAUGGUAAUGCAAAAGUACUGUUUUGUAAUGGUUUUGUAAUGAAUUUGCAUACAGUAGCAAUCUUGCAUCAAUCUGCCAUUUUUAUAAAUGUGCAAAGGACAAUUUUAUUAAAUAAACUGACUAUGAAAUGACAUUCAGAGACCUGUUAAAAUAAAGCAAAUCUAAAUAAACCUG